AUGUUAUUGAAAUUUCACAGAAAUGGUCCAGAUUAUGAACGCAAUGGUGAAAGAGACCGUGAUUAUGAUGGCCCACCAGGAAUGGAAACAAAUGGAAUUAUUGAAAGCAAUUGGGAAGAAGUUAUUGAUAAUUUUGAUAAUAUGCAAUUACAUGAGCCACUUCUGCGUGGCAUCUAUGCUUACGGUUUUGAGAAGCCAUCAGCUAUUCAGCAGAGAGCAAUUAUGCCAUGUGUAAGAGGUCUUGAUGUUAUUGCUCAAGCCCAGUCUGGUACUGGAAAAACAGCAACUUUCUCCAUAGCUAUUUUACAACAAAUGGAUACUGGGGUACGAGAGUGUCAAGCUUUAAUUCUUGCUCCAACUAGAGAAUUGGCACAACAGAUUCAAAAAGUAGUUAUUGCAUUAGGUGACUACAUGGGAGCACAGUGUCAUGCUUGCAUUGGUGGAACUAAUGUCAGAGAAGACAUACGGAAACUUGAAAUGGGUGUUCAUGUAGUUGUUGGUACUCCAGGGAGAGUAUUUGAUAUGAUUAACAGAAAAGCUCUUAGAACCGACCAUAUACGAAUAUUUGUUUUAGAUGAAGCUGAUGAAAUGUUGUCUCGAGGUUUUAAGGAUCAAAUUUAUGAUGUAUUUAAGACACUUAAUUCUAGUACUCAGGUUAUCUUAUUAUCAGCUACAAUGCCAGCUGAUGUUCUGGAUGUUACAAAACAGUUUAUGCGAGAUCCAGUUCGUAUUUUAGUCAAGAAAGAAGAGCUUACUUUAGAGGGUAUCAAGCAAUUUUAUAUUGCAGUAGAUAGAGAGGAAUGGAAGCUUGACACACUUUGUGACUUAUAUGAAACUCUCACAAUUACUCAGGCUGUUAUUUUCUGUAAUACUAGAAGGAAAGUUGACUGGUUGACUGAUAAAAUGCGUAGCAAGGAUUUUACUGUGUCUGCUUUACAUGGAGAUAUGGAUCAAAAGGAAAGAGAUAUUAUCAUGCGCGAAUUUAGGUCUGGAUCUAGUCGUGUUUUGAUAACUACUGAUAUAUUAGCCCGAGGUAUUGAUGUUCAACAAGUAUCUUUGGUUAUUAAUUAUGAUCUUCCAACUAACAGAGAAAAUUACAUUCACAGGAUUGGAAGAGGUGGUCGAUUUGGACGUAAAGGUGUUGCGAUAAAUUUCAUUACAGAAGAUGAUAAAAGAUCUCUUCGUGAUAUAGAACAAUUUUAUAACACACAAAUAGAAGAGAUGCCUUUGAAUGUAGCAGACUUAAUCUGAGGUUACUUCAAAUUAGUGUAUGAAAGUUGGGUGCAUGCUUGCUGUGCUCAAAUUCUGAAUCAUGAAUAGAAUGUUCAAGUGAAAAAAAUUUAACUGCAUUUUCGAACAAUUUGUAUGAAUUUACUUGCAUAGGAUCAUUUAAACUUUGAGAAUUUGUGACAGAAAACACAGUAUUAAACCAAUAGGUAUAAAGUGCGGUAUUAUCGCCAGUUAUAGAUUACUGUGUGGCAUUUGUCAACAAAAGCUUCAAAGUUUAAAUAUUAAAAAUGACUCUUUUUAAUACUGUAUUUAUUUCUUGAUAAAACAUUUAAUUAAUCAUUGAGGCAGCAAAAAUAUACUUUUCUUUCUAUCCAUUAUUGAUAAGAAAACUUGCUUCGGCGAUCUUUGAUAUUAUAUUUAUUACAACUUAUGAUUUUGGGGUAUUACUUAAUUUCAUUUAAAAGUUCUGUUUUUAACUUCUAGUUCUGUUUCAUUUUUUCCGAUUUGGUGCCUGUUUUUCUGCUGUGGGCUGAGCACAUUUCAGUGCAGAAUACCAAUAAUCAGUAUAAAGUUAAGUGCUUUCCUUUGUAAAGUUGGAAUCUGUACAACAAAGAUGAUUGAUUAAAUAUUUUUUAUUUAUA